AGAAAUUAGUACAAUUAAAGAAAAACCCUGCAAUGAGUAGGUGUGUCCAUUCUUUUGCCUGGUACUGUACAUGCUGCUGACCUCUUGACAGGCCGCCUUCUCUAACCUCAAGGUUAAAUUAAAGUGGAUUUAGCUAAUGUUAUAACACAUUAACUACCAUGUACAGCUGAGUAAUUGCAUGGUUACAUAAAGUUAGUAUAGCAGAGGGGCAGCUUAAUAUAAAAGUGUUGGCCAGUUUUUAUAUGUGGAUAGGCUAAUUUUGAUACAUUUCCCAAAGAAUAACAGGAAAUUAUUUUAUUGGAUGGUGUUCAAAACAUAAUUUACAUGUCAUACUCAGUGCUUGACUUGGACUAAAAUAGGUGCCAGUACUCAUUUUGUGUGCCGGUACUGUUUAUAUUUAGGUGCAGGAACUCCACAAUACUUUUGAGAUAAUAUUCAGUAAGAGGUGCAGUAACUCAAGCAGUGAAAAUUUGAGGUGCCGGAUAUUGAUCUCUGAUGAACUCCUGCCCAAGUCAAGUGCUGAUCAUACUGAUAAACGUUGCCGUAUUUUGAUUUCAUCAAGUCAGGUAUCUCACAGAACUUCAUAUUUUCCUUCACAGAGUCAAAGUAAAUGUCUACAUUUUGGUUUGAUUGUGGACUUGUUUUGAUUAUUGUAGGUCUAAUCAGAAAAGGAGCAUGGCCAUUUACUUUCUGAGUCUCGCUCUUGGGUUUUUGACACUUUCUCUUUCAUUAUGACUGUUAGACUGUAAAUAGUGGUUUUGGAAUGUAUAAACUAAAGUGAAAGAAAGAGUGAGUGGAGAAGCCCACAGUACCCAGAGGCCGAAGACGGCUGCUGGCCUGAAAAGGUGUGGGGGGUUUAAAAAAAUGCUGCCUCUGUCUCUCAGGUAACAAGGGAAAAACAUGUGGGAACAGCUAGAUUAACAACCUCUACAGGAAGAUGUUGAAAUACACCCCAACAGUCCUUUGUUAUUUGCCUCGAGUCUGACUAAUAAUUGCUAAAUGGCUGGGACUUCAGGGUGCAGGCACUUGUCAAAUGAAUCUUUAAUCAUGGUAAGUUAGUUGGGAAAUAGCUUAUGAAGUGCAGUCCUAUUUCAUUAUAAAAGCAAUGUGAGCAAACAUACUCUUAUCUCAUUUCAUAUGUCAUAUAAACGUAGCCUUUUUCCCAUGGUCUGAUAGAAUUGCAGAUUAGUUUUACUCCCUUCAUGACAUUAGUUUGGUGGAUUUGGUUUUGAGACAUUUCAUGUUGAUACUGAUACUGCAGCUGUCUUUGGUCGUCUGAUAAAUGUGUAAUGAUGCCGUCCAUGUUCAUUGCAAUAAAGUAGACUGUGUUUUUCAUGUAUUCUUUGUGUGAAUACACUCUGGCUUAAGUCCUGCUGUUUGUGUGCCUUAAGCCGGACCCCCGAAAAACAUAGCUAUAGCCUUCUAUACAUAACUUGGCACUCUACUAAGAUAGGUCUUUGUUUUGAAUAUCAUCUGUUCUGAACACAUAUGUACAUGGUAUUAACUUUGUUAGUGUGAUGAGUCUGCAGACCAUUCAUUAUUUGAUACAACGUAGGUGUAUAAGUCCAAAAUCAUACUUCGUGCAGGCAUGCAGGCAUACAUGGUUUUUAUCUCAUCGGCCCAGCAAUUACAGGAAGUCUAAGGUCAGAGCUCACUGAAGUCGAUGACACACUUUUUAAGUUCUCAAAUAGCCACCAGGAGGCGGUUGAUAUCAUAAAUUUGCACAGUACUGGUACUAGUCUGUAUUCCAUGACAAAGCCCAGCUGUUGCAUGUGUCGUUCACACCACAGGYGGCAGUAUAUAACCCUCACAUACUUUCAGGAAACAAAUAAGUAAACAACUUUGUUUUUUGGGACAACAUUUCACCCCUGAUUUUGCAAUCUAGAGGGCCUGGAACUAAAUGUUCUGUAAGAUAUGAUCGAUGUAUUUGUAUUGCAAGCAGAUGUACUUAAAUGUACUUUUCAUGUUUAUGCGCAUUCCCUUUAUCAUUAUUGCUUUUUAUUGAAGUGGUAGCCUAUAUGAAAUAGUAAAAAAACUGUUUCAUGAUAGUUCAUACAGGGCUUUAGAGACUUUUCUAAUCAUCAUCAUGUUUGCUCUCUAAGAAAAUCAAUUUUGCAAACUGUGCAUGUUCUGUUUCUUGGAACUAAUGCAUAGACCGCAUGUACAGAAUGUUAAAAAUGGACACGAGCUAAAACGAAAAUAAAUACCUUUGCACAAUAGUACAAUGUGAAACUAUUUUGUCAAAUGGGAGGAUCUUUGCAGUCUUCGGGCAUGCUCAGUUAAGUCUGUUUUUGUCUAAGAACCUGUAACCAUCAAUCACCAGGCACUGUUUUCUCCGUUCGCUCCGAACACCACGCCCAGGGAAGAUGUUUAUUAGCCUGCUACAAUCUAUGCAUGGCACCUUAUGUAAUAUAUUUGGAGAUCCCGCCCCCUUUCACAUCGUGCAAAAAGGAACUGUGGCCGUCUCUCCUGCAUCAGUUUUGUGUAGCGACAAGCCAGAGAGAUAACUGAAACGUUCUACGUUUUUUGACAACUUGAAUAAGAGCGCAAGAACAUUUUAGCAAAAGUAUUCCCUUUGGAAUUAACACGCCUCAAGAUGAUUUUCGGCAAAUUGAAAAAGUUUGACAUCGUCUUUGACUCUCCAGAAAUCGACUCUCCUCCAGUCUUCAGCAGUGGGGACGUGGUGUCUGGAAAAGUAGUUUUGGACCUUGCAGGGGAAUGUAAAGUGGAGUCGUUGAAGUUGCACGCCGAAGGUUUUGCUAAAGUGUAUUGGACCGAGUCACGUUCGGCUGGGUCUAGUACUGCUUAUACUCAAAACUACAGCGACGAAGUGGAAUAUCUCAACCGAAGAGAAGUGCUUUUGCAAGCAGAUAAUGGCGAGCUCACCCUCCUCCCUGCUGGAAGACAUGAAUUUCCAUUUAGUUUCCAGUUGCCUGAUGAGACACUGGUAACAUCUUUCGAAGGCAAGCAUGGCAGCGUCCGCUACUGGGUGAAGGUGAAGCUGCAUAGGCCCUGGGCUACAGUGAGGAAGAUCAAGAAGGAGUUUACAGUCAUUGAGCCCAUUGACAUCAACACACCAGCCUUAUUGGCCCCCCAAGCUGGCAGUAAAGACAAGAUGGCACGGGUUUGGUACCACAACUUUGGACAGGUGUCGAUAACUGCCAAGAUCGACCGUAAAGGUUACACACCAGGUGAGGUGAUUCCUGUCUUUGCUGAGUUUGACAAUGCCACGUCACGCUCUGUGGUGCCCAAGGCCUACAUCACACAGACGCAGACGUUCCUCGCCCGGGGCACCAUGAAGCAGAAGCAGGCGGUGGUGGCCACGCUUAGUGGCGACGUGGUGGGGGCCCAGCGUAGGGAGACCUGGCAUGGCCGCGCCAUCAAGAUCCCACCUGUCGGGCCCUCCAUCCUGCAGUGCCGCAUCAUCAAAGUGGAAUACAUGCUCAGGGUAUGUGUGGAUGUUCCUGGGACCUCUAAGUUGUGCCUAGAGCUGCCGCUGGUGAUGGGCACCAUCCCCCUGCAUCCCUUCGGCAGCCGCACCUCUAGUGUCAGCAGCCAGUACAGUGUCAACCUGGAAUGGCUCCGCAUGGCCAUCCCUGAGCAGCCUGAGCCUCCUCCUGACUACAGCUCUGUUGUUACUGAUGAGGAGGCUGAGCAGAACACUAUGGCCCACCGUCCUGAGGAGGACCUCAGUGGGAUCAUGGAGCACCCACUUAGGGCCUUUGUCCAGGAGUUCCGCUUCCGACCCCCUCCAGUGUACUGCGAGGUCGACCCAAACCCUCAGCCCCUCAACAUGAGACGUCGCUGCAUGACGUGUUGAACCAACCACUUGAGCGUCACGCGAUGACCCGACUUAAUUACGCAAAGUGAUUUGUCUUCUCCUGGAUUACUAUCCGAAACUGGCUACCCAGUCCCAAGAUGUGGCCUCUGUUGUUGGUAGGGACUAAGAGUACCGCUGAGAAGAGGAGAUGGAGACGACAGGACCUGGUUGUGGAGGAAGCCCUUUUUUAAAAAGAAAGAUGGACAUGUUACGUUGCGCAAGGAAAGGAAAUAACUUGUACCAUGGUUCCUGUCCUCCAAAGUGAUUUUGGCUCUGGAUGAGGAAACAGAGCCCCUCCUGCCAAUCAAUGAUUCCCACACAAUAAAUGUUUUGUGUUAUUUACUGAAUUUGGGGAAAUAUUGGGGGAGAAUCACUUGAUUUUUGUAAGGGGGGAGAGUUGGAGUUGCAGAUGAUACCUAAGCCUUAAAGAAUGCUAUGUGAUAUGAAGAAGUAAUCAGUUGGCUUAAUGUUGAGGCAUCUGUAAUACCCAACUCCCCUUUGCCUUGUAACAUAUAGCCUGGAUGUCAACCUGCGUUAUGUAUUAUGACUCAAUCAUGAUGUUCCCAUGACUAUUUCUACUGAUAGUCAAGUAAAUGAGUUUCAAGUAAGCACUUUUUCUGAGAAGUCAUGGUUUGGUGAAGAGGAGUUGAGUCAGCAGGUUUAGAUAUUAAGCCGAUGUACACAGGUAAUGCUAUGCAAAAGGGAAAGCCUGCAGUGUCUGCAAAUGAACUGAAAUGAUUGCCUGAGCGAUUCUGAUGCAGCAGCUAUCCGCUGGAGCUGUUCAAUGUAUUCUGAAUGUUAAUGUAACAGUACUGGUUAAUGUAACAGUACUGGAUGAAGAAACUAAGUGAAUUUCUUGGUAUGUGGAUGAAUUCAAGAGGAAUUGGAGUUGCGUAAAAGCUAGUUCUUUAGCACAAACCUAUGCAUAGUGUCUCCUCAAAUAGAGACUAGUACUGAUUUAUUAUGACCGUUCACAACAAUGAUAAGAGGAAGAAACGUGUGAGUCUGUUUUGAAGCUGCUUCAGGCUCAAAUGAUUAGUUUUAGAAGCAGCUAAAGAGGAAAUGUCUGAGCCAUGUGGUUUGUGCGUUUGUCUCAACCCAGAUGCCUGUGCCUUGAUGUUUCUGAACAGUUUAGAAAUGUCUGCAGAACAUUUGUUCAGCGUCACAUUAAGCCUUACGUUGGAGAUGUCACUUUGAAGUGUACUAAAGAACAUUCCAAGAAAUUACUGAGGACUUUUACCUCAUUUCCAAAUAGUGGAGAGAAUGGUGGCUUCAGGUCAGCAACGCAGCUUUGGUGUCAUGCUCAGUGCAGCACACACCUUAAACGGAAUGUAUUUUAUACAAAUGCCAUUGUUGAUUCACAUGACUAGCCAAAGUUUUUGUAAUUCUUGUUUCUAAUAAAAACACUGACAGAUU